AUGUUCGAGAGCCUCUCCGUCCCUCGCUUGGCGGGCAAACCGCACCCAUCUCAGAGUUCUUCCGUCCCUCAGAUUAUCGACAUUCGCUCGGACAAGAAGGAUGUCGAGCUCCGCGAGUCCCUUCGCCAGAGCAUACACAGCGAUACCGCGGCGUUGCCGGAUCUAUUACUCUGGGACGAACAGGGCCUCAAGUACUUCGAAGAUGUCACGUACUGUCCAUCAUACUACCUAACCCGGGAAGAGAUCGGUCUGCUGGAGAAAUACGCCCUGCAGAUUGCCGCCCGCAUUCAGCCGGGGAGUAUGCUCGUUGAGCUGGGCAGUGGAAACCUCCGCAAGACAAAGAUCCUCCUCGACGCCCUGGAGACCCUAGCCCGGCCAGUCGACUACUUCGCCCUCGACGUCUCGCACCCCGAGCUGAAGCGCACGCUCCGCCCCGUCUCCGCCGGCGUGUACACGCACGUCCGCUGCUUCGGACUCCUAGGCACAUACGACGACGGCCGCGCAUGGCUGCAGCACCCUGAUCUGCAGGCGCGGCCGAAGACGAUCCUCUACCUGGGCUCCACGCUCGGCAACUUCGAGAAGCGCGAUGCGGCCGCGUUCCUGGCGAGCUUUGCGAACCCGCACACCUCGUUCUUGCUUGGUUUGGAUGGUUGCACCGAUGAGGGGAAAGUGUUGUCGGCGUAUAAUGACCCCGAGGGGGUGAAUCAUCGGUUUGUGAUGAAUGGGCUUGCUCGUGCGAAUGCUAUACUCGGGUAUGAGGCUUUUGAGGUGGGGAGGUGGGAUGUUACUGGUCUUUGGGAUGGCGAGAGGGGCGUGCAUAGUCAGUUCUAUGAGGCAAGAGUUGAUGUUUGUUUGGAGGGGGUGGAUAUACCCGCUGGACGGCGGUUGUUGGCUGUUAAGAGUCAUAAGUAUGGGCCUGGGGAGAGGGAGGGGCUUUGUGAGAGGGCGGGAUUGAGACUUGUCGAUGGGUGGGCGUCUGAUAGCGAGUAUAAUCUGCUUUUCUUGACUAGCAAAUCGGAUAGAGUGUGA